UUAGCAAACCAUAAACACUGAAUAAGCAGGAGUCUUCUUUCUGAGCCAAUCAAGUAAGCGCAAUUUUUCCCACAACAAACAGAAUUUCUCAGCAAACAAACCAUAUCAGGUGAGAUUUUUCCUGAACUGGACGGAUUGAGUUUUCUCCUUUCAUUGUGCUGUGGUAAACGAUUGGAUUAUUACUGUUUUGAAAGAGUGCUCAGCAAGUUUUGGACUCCCCAGAGGGGUUCUCUGAUACCUACAAAAAUGGUUCAAAGUGUGUCUGAGUUGGCUGCAAUGUGCGUUGGAGUUAUUGGGCUGAUCGGAGCGGCGGCCACGACCGGUUUGCCCAUGUGGAAGGUGACAGCUUUCAUCGGAGAGAAUAUCAUCGUGAUGGAGACCCGCUGGGAGGGACUGUGGAUGAACUGCUACCGCCAAGCAAACAUCCGGAUGCAGUGUAAGGUCUACGACUCCCUGCUUUACCUGCCCUCGGAGCUGCAGGCAGCCAGGGGCUUGAUGUGCUGCUCUGUGGCCUUGUCAAGUUUGGGGCUCUUGGUAGCUCUGUUAGGCAUGAGAUGCAUCUCUUGCCUUCAAAGCAACAGAUGGGCUAAAAACAUCAUCCUCCUGGUGGCAGGAGGCAUGCAGUUCAUGGCCUCGCUCUGUGUUUUUAUCCCAGUGUCUUGGACCGGUCAUGUCAUCAUUAGAGAUUUCUACAAUCCCUUGCUGAUUGAUGCUCAAAGAAGGGAGCUUGGAGAGGCUCUGUAUAUUGGUUGGGUGACCGGUGCCUGCCUUUUUGCCUCAUCGUUGUUAUUUCUCUGCCGUCGUGUCCCCAUGAAAAAAGACUCGUUUGAUAUUUAUCACCCUGUUAACUUAAUGAAACAUGAACCACCGCCAGCCAGCAUCAAUCCAUCGUCAAUGAUUUAUGAACCCAUCUCAAGCGUUCCAAGCCUGGAGCCAACAUACCAGCAUUUUGUGUCAAACAACGGUUCUAUCGGACAACAGUUUGCUGUCCCACUACAAAAUGCACCACAAGUAAUGGCCUCUCGUGGAUCCCUGGUCAACCCUUCUGUUAUCUAUACCCCUGCUCGACCUGAAAGUUUGCCCGUCUUCUAUCAAGGAAGCGUUGCUCAGCCUUCUCCGAUGCACAGUCUAAACCACAACGGAGGCAUGUUCACUCCUGCAAACUCUCUGGUAACGAGUCAAAAUGCCAAUCUGUAUUCUUCAAUUUACACUAGCAACGCCCCUUCGUCCUUCCAGUCCAGUUUUUAUCCCAGGUCGCAAACUCCUGUUUUCAUAACAUACAAGAAGUCGAUGGUUCUCCCGGAGUCCUACAAUGGGAGCAGCGCCGGACUAUACAUUUAAAGAUAAAAAGAUAAAAAAGUUUUUUUGUUUCUAUCUGUUAUUAAGAACAAUGAAGGCAUUUUCAGCUACCUUCAGCUAAAUUUGAUGUUUCUUCUUGACGGAGUCCCGUCAUGCUUUUCAGUUGUUUCCAGAGUGAAAAAAAAACAUGUUACCAGGAUAUAAUUACCACUGUAGAUUUAGUUUUAUGAUUCUAAUGAUUCUAAUGAUUUUAAUAAUUUUUUUAUUUCAAUUGUUUUAUGUUUUAAUGUUUUAAUGUGUUACUACUGUUUUAUCCAGAUUUUUGUUCAAUGUGUCUCCUGUAACUCUUUAUUUUUUCUUUCUCAAAAUGCAUUACCAUUUGCCAGGCCACAGUUGAAAAUCAGUUUUUUUUUCUUAUUCUGUCUUGCCUGGAUAAAUUCGGAUUAAAUAAAAAUAAAAAUAAUACACUAAA